UUCUUCUCUGUUUAAUUCGUCAAGAAAAAUUUUCGAUUUUUGCGCUGUAGAGAAAGAAAAAAAAAAGAGAGAGAGAGCUCUUUUGGUUAGUUAGUUUGUUUGUUGAGAAAAAAAUGGCGGGUCGUGGGAAAACUCUGGGAUCCGGUGCGGCGAAGAAAGCAACGUCUCGGAGUAGCAAAGCUGGGCUUCAAUUCCCUGUGGGUCGUAUCGCUCGUUUCUUGAAAGCUGGUAAAUACGCCGAACGUGUUGGUGCUGGUGCUCCCGUUUAUCUCGCCGCUGUUCUUGAGUAUUUGGCCGCCGAGGUUCUUGAACUCGCUGGAAACGCAGCAAGAGAUAACAAGAAGACACGUAUAGUUCCUCGUCACAUUCAGCUCGCUGUUAGAAACGACGAGGAGCUAAGCAAGCUUCUUGGAGAUGUGACGAUUGCUAACGGAGGAGUGAUGCCCAAUAUCCACAAUCUUCUUCUCCCUAAGAAGUCUGGACCUUCAAAGCCUCAGGAAGAUUAGAGAUUCUCAAAAACACAAGGAUGAUGAUAUAGAAGAAACACGUCUUGCUUGACUCCUUUUUGUUCUGUGUUUUCGCUUCUGAAUUGAAUAAACACAAUAACUAGCUAGUGCUUUUUUGUUUAGGUGCUUUUGUUUUCUAUCAGUUGUUUUAGUAGGGGGCUUUGUUUUGGACUUCUUGUUUCAGUUUCUGUGUGAAUAUAUAUCAAAAGUCUCGAAUAUUAUUUACAUAAAUUGAGUUCGAGUGUUUCUUGCUUCAAAA